AUGGAUGCUUCAGAAGUGCAGGCUGCUAUCGACAAGGGUAGUCUUCAAGCCAUCUUUCAAGACAGCCCCGGCCGAGUUCAACAACCAGUCGUGCAAUGUGUGCAGAUCAAGCCGAUGUCACAAUCGAAUGGAGAGGCAACAGAGCGAUACAGAGUGGUGUUCAGCGAUACACAGAAUUACGUUCAAACUAUGCUUGCGACGUCCAUCAACGAUGAAAUCCAUCAAGAUCGGUUAAAGAAGGGUGCAGUUGUGCAACUUGUCUCAUAUCAAGCCAACCUUGUAAAGGGCAAAAGAAUUUUGAUUGUCACUGGCAUUCACGUGCUUCAGCAAUAUGGUGUCCAUCCUACCUUAGGCAGUCCAGUCGUGAUGGAAAUCAAAGACGAAGGAGCAACUAACACGAUCUCAAGCAACGGCUUCUAUGGCAAUCAGCCUCAACAGCAACAGGCACAACAACAGCAAACUCGAGCAAUGCCUUCCCAUAGCAAACCUCCAUCCUCCUCCGCCCACGCCAAUAUUUAUCCCAUCGAAGCACUUUCGCCAUAUUCGCACAAAUGGACUAUUAAGGCUCGGUGUACAAGCAAAUCAGAUAUCAAGACAUGGCACAAUCGGAAUGGCGAGGGCAAGCUGUUCAGUGUCAAUCUACUUGAUGAAAGUGGUGAGAUACGAGCAACAGGUUUCAAUGAUCAAUGCGAUCAAUUGUAUGAGCUCUUUCAAGAGGGUAGUGCCUACUAUAUUUCGAGUCCUUGCCGGGUGCAAAUGGCCAAGAAGCAGUUCUCUAACGUAAACAACGACUACGAGCUCACCUUCGAGCGAGACACUAUUGUCGAGAAAGCAGAGCAGCAAGAUGACGUUCCGCAGAUCAGAUUUAACUUCACCACAAUUUCAGACCUGGAGUCCAUUGACAAGGACACAACAAUCGAUGUGAUCGGCAUUUUGAAGGACGUAGGUGAAGUCAAUCAGAUCACGAGCAAGACGACAAGCAAACCCUACGAUAAGCGAGAGCUCACCCUCGUUGAUGACUCUGGCUAUUCAGUUCGUCUCACAGUCUGGGGCAAAGUUGCAUCCUCCUUCGAAGUUGCUCCAGAGACUGUCGUUGCAUUCAAGGGUGUCAAAGUGUCCGAUUUUGGUGGUCGAUCGUUAUCGUUACUCUCCUCUGGCUCUAUGGCGACCAACCCAGACCUGCCUGAAUCCCAUAGGCUGCGAGGUUGGUAUGAUCAUGCAGGACAAGGCCAGAAUUUCUCAACACAUGCCAAUGUGCAAGGUACUGUUAUGGCAGGUGAACGGAGGAAUGAACAAGUAAAGAGUAUAAGUGCGGUGAAGGAAGAGCAGCUCGGUAUGACUGAGCAGCAAGACUUCUUCAAUCUCAAAGCUUCGAUUCAGUAUAUCAAGCAAGACAACUUCUGCUAUCCGGCAUGCCGCGAAGAGAAAUGCAACAAGAAGCUUGUUGAAUUAGGUGAUGGUUGGCGUUGUGAGCGUUGCGACAAAACCUUUGAUGCACCUGAGUAUAGAUACAUCAUGUCUGUGAAUGUAUCGGAUCAUUCCGGUCAACUCUGGUUGAGUUGCUUUGACGAAGUAGGACGAAACCUCAUGGGCAUGACCGCGAACGAAUUAAUGGCAAUCAAGGAGGAGGGCGACGACAAAAGAGUCAGCGACAUCUUUAGUGAUGCUAAUUGCACAACUUGGAACUGGAGAUGUGUAGCGAAGAUGGAGACCUUUCAGGACAACACAAGAGUACGAUAUCAGGUCCGAUCAUCAUCUGGCAUAGACUUUGUAAGUGAGGGCCAGACAAUGAUCGCUUUGAUCAAGCAAUACGACAAUAUUGCUAUGUAG